CUUCGUGGUAAAACCUCCGCGAUUUCCUUUCCGGCCUUCACGACCCGACCUCCCCUCUCCUCCUACAAAUCACCCCCACCCACCCACCUCCCGUCCUCCCUCACCUCGCGCGCGGGUACCUGCAGGGACUGACGAGGAGCGAAGGAGGAUCACAGGAGUCGGGAGGGAAGCAAUGGAGAAGGCCAUCGACAGGCAGCGGGUCCUGCUGCGGCACCUCGACCCCGCGGCGGCGCCGGGCCCCGCCCCGCCCGCCAUCUCCGCGAGCGCGUGCGCGGCGGGGGACAGCGCAGCGUACCACCGGAGGGCGGCCUUCGCCGACGACGUCGUCAUCGUCGCCGCGUACAGGACAGCGAUUUGCAAGGCCAAGAGAGGGGGUUUCAAGGAUACGUUCGCCGAGGACCUAUUGGUUCCUGUCUUCAAGGCUUUAGUAGAUAAAACAAAGCUGAACCCUAGCGAAGUUGGCGACAUUGUUGUUGGUACUGUCUUAGCUCCUGGGUCCCAGAGGGCAAUCGAAUGCAGAAUGGCAGCAUUGUAUGCUGGUUUUCCUGACACUGUUCCUCUAAAGACUGUGAACAGGCAAUGCUCUUCUGGCCUUCAGGCAGUUGCAGAUGUUGCUGCUGCUAUUAAAGCAGGGCUGUAUGAUAUUGGUAUUGCUGCUGGCCUCGAGUCCAUGACAGUGAACCAAGUCCGUCUUGAUGGUCAAGUGAAUCCCAAAGUUGAGCUAUUUUCUCAAGCACGCGAUUGCCUUCUCCCAAUGGGCCUCACAUCUGAGAAUGUUGCACACCGAUUCGGCAUAACACGACUGGAACAAGAUCAAGCUGCUGUUGAGUCUCACAGAAAGGCUGCUGCAGCUGCAGCUGCUGGUAAAUUCAAGGAAGAAAUUGUGCCUGUUCAUACAAAGAUUGUUGAUCCAAAAACUGGUGAGGAAAAAGAGAUCGUAAUCUCAGCAGAUGAUGGAAUCAGAGCUGGUACUUCGCUGGCAGUCCUGUCAAAACUCAAACCAGCAUUUUCAAAGGAUGGCAGCACUACUGCUGGGAAUGCUAGCCAAGUGAGUGAUGGCGCUGGGGCUGUCUUGCUAAUGAGACGGGAUGUCGCUAUGAAAAAGGGUCUUCCAAUUCUUGGUGUUUUUAGGAGCUUUGCAGCAGUUGGAGUUGAUCCAGCUGUAAUGGGUAUUGGUCCGGCUGUUGCAAUCCCUGCAGCUGUGAAAGCUGCCGGACUCCAAAUUGAUGAUGUUGACCUUUUUGAAAUUAAUGAGGCGUUUGCAUCCCAGUAUGUGUACUGCUGCAAAAAGUUGGAACUUGAUCCUACAAAAGUCAACGUUAAUGGAGGUGCAAUUGCUCUUGGGCAUCCAUUGGGUGCUACAGGUGCUCGAUGUGUCAGUACUCUUCUCAAUGAGAUGAAGUGCCGUGGAAAGGAUUGCCGUUUCGGAGUGAUUUCUAUGUGCAUAGGUUCUGGGAUGGGUGCUGCUGCUGUAUUCGAGCGGGGAGAUGGUGUGGAUGAGCUCACCAAUGCUCGGGGGAUCCCGUCCCAUAACUGGCUUUCCAAGGAUGCCAUGUAACUAUACCAUCAAAUUUCCGGAAGGGAAUGGUAGUAUUAUUUCCAAAUCACAACAUAAGGCGUAUUGGGGAAUAAAGUGAUUGUGUAUUUGUCGCCCCUGCUGAGGGGUAAGAAUAGUUUAUACCCCAUCAAUAUGUUGAACUUGGAUAGCUGGAUAAUUCUAUUGUUAGCUGGAAAGUUGUGUGAAUAAAUCCAUUAAUCAAUGUUGUAAGGAGCAAAGGUCCGUUCUUGCUUUUGAAAGUUGACGCAGUACGGGUA